AGAGAACUCAUACCAACUGAGUACUGUAAAACCCAGUAAGUUAAGAAAACUUAAAACGCUUGAGGAAACUGAUUGCCACAAAAAUCUGUUUGAGUACUGAACUUACUCCAUUUUUGAAGCAAUGAGGUAUUUCUUUAACUCAUUACCUCCAACACUGAGUUCAAAACUCUCUUCAAAUGAGUAGAAUUAACUUUCAGUCAAUUUUGAGUUGACUACACAGUUGUCUGUUGGGUUUUACAGUGUAGUAGCAGUAGCAAACCAUUUGAGAAGCUAUAUCGUUGUUUGGACUUAAUUUGUUCACUUGACUGAACUCGUACCGAUUUAAUAACUAGACUUAAAAUGUUUCACUUAUGAAUACUCUAAAUGUUUUUGAUAUGAUAUCAACACAUAUAACGUGUAUCUUACUCAUUAUAUGAGUUUACAGUACAAAAAACAUUGUUUUCAAAACCUAAAUGGUUUGCCGCAAUCAAGAUCAUCAAACUGUUUGAGUUAACUUUUAGGGUUUUACAGUGUGCAUAUGAUAAUUAUAAAAAUUUGUACAUCUCAAAAGUCCAAACUGUGUUAUAUAAAAAUGCACAAUUAUGCCUAUUUUUUUUUUUUUUAUUUAAUUUGGCGGAAACACUAUUUAUAUUUUUCCGUUUACAGAGCACUAUAGUGAUUUCUCCUAUUAUAGUGAUUGUUGUCUGCACUGUAAAAAUAAUUAUUUAUUAUAGAUGAUAGUAGGUUGCUUCAAAAUAAGUAAUCAAUUAUUAUAAACAUGUCUUCAAAUGGUAGUUAAAAUGCUUUUCUAAUUACUUUGCCUUAAAAGUAAUUAAAUACUUUACUCAAUACAACUCGAUCUAAAUCAAAAGGAUAGUUAUAUAAAGUAUAUUUUAAAAAUUAGCAUUUAGCUUUUUUUAAUAGAUAUAAUACUGAAGAUAAAGACGUGUCAAACUUUAAAUGUUUCAUGUUUCAUAUGUACCAUAUUUUGUCAUAUUUUUUUAUUUAUUUAUUGUUUCAAUUCAUCAACUUGAUAAAUGUUACCAUAGUUGAUCUAAACAUUGAUCUGUUUUUUUUUAUUGAUUUGCUUAUUAUUGGAAUUUUAGUUAAAUGUAUUGUAUGUUUUAAUUGUAAUUAGAUUACCUAAAAAUAAAGUAAUUCCCUACUCUAUAGGCUAUUUCUGUAGCAAAGAUGAAUGAAAGCAAUUCUUCCUUUUAACUUCUGUUUGAGUUACAUGAAACUGACUUAAAGUUGGAACCUUAACUUAAUUGCUCAAAUUACAGUAAUUAAAUGAGUCCUAUCGUUUUUAAAAUGUGGUAGCAGUGACAUUUGCUGUAAGCUAUUGAGAAACCGCUUACAACAGCUUUAAUGCUAAUUGUAAAUACCAACCCAUUCUGCUGUUAUCAAAUGGGGAGCAACGUCAUUUUCCUAUAUUAAGCUCCGUUAACAGCCUAGCACUGGCACAGGCACACGCAGCAGAUGGCAUGAAGACCCAGUCAAACCCAGGCUGAACUCCGACAACUUUCCCAGUGAGUUAUGCACCUGCAGCAGCAGCUCAUCUCACCGGCCAACAAACCGGUGAGUCUGGACAAUGGUUUCCCGCACAUCAUCAUGACCGCCGCCGCGGGGGUCGAGCGCGUCUCCUCCUCCUGCUCCUCCGGGGACGCGCACGAGCCGCCGCUGAAAAGACCAAGAAGCCCGUCACCAAACGCGCGGGAGACACAGGAUAACGGAGAGAGCGAAAACAAGCCGGAAUCAAGCGACCCCCGGACAGAUUUCGCCUCGGAAAUGUUCUCGUAUGCGGGUCAACAUGUGGUGCCAGCGCUCUCGGGUCACUAUAUGAGUCCUCAACCGGUCAUCAGCAGCGGCUUGUACAGUGGGAUGAGCUACUCGUACCCUCAGCCGUACGAACAAACUUACGCGAACGCAGCGGUCUAUUCGUUCCCCGCGGUGUCCGGUAAAGCCCAGGUUUAUCUGUGUAACCGGGCGCUGUGGUUUAAAUUCCACAGACACCAAACUGAAAUGAUCAUAACUAAACAGGGCCGACGGAUGUUUCCGUGUCUAACUUUUAAUGUUUCUGGUCUUGACCCGGCGGGUCAUUAUAAUAUUGCUGUGGAUGUAAUUCUGGCGGAUCCAAACCACUGGAGGUUCCAGGGCGGAAAAUGGGUCCCCUGUGGCAAAGCGGACACUAAUGUUACCGGAAACCGAGUGUACACGCACCCGGACUCUCCAAACACCGGCGCGCACUGGAUGCGUCAGGAGAUCUCUUUCGGAAAACUUAAGCUGACAAACAACAAAGGGGCUUCCAGCAACAACACUCAGAUGAUCGUCCUACAGUCUCUCCAUAAAUAUCAGCCAAGGGUUCAUGUGAUUGAAAUAAGCAAGAAUGAAGAUGAAGAUACCAGCGAUCCUGAUGGAGUUCAGACGUUCACCUUUCCCGAAACGCAAUUUAUAUCUGUCACAGCUUACCAGAACACAGAUAUAACUCAACUGAAAAUUGAUCACAAUCCAUUUGCCAAAGGAUUUCGGGAUAAUUAUGAUACAAAAUACAGUAUGGACAACACUGACCGUCUGACACCCAGUGACUCUCCACACUCUCAGCUUCUGCCCAGUUCAAGGUACGCAAUGCCAAGCGCAUUAUUCCAGGAGCAAUUUGUCGACAGUUACACUAAAUCCUGUUUUACGACUGGCACUCCUGAGCGAGGACUUGAGUUUACUAACAGCAUUAUGACCUCCAACCAAACCCAAGAAAGCAGCGUGACUUCAGGCCAGCGCUGGUUUGUAUCUUCACCCUCUGUUCCAUCAUACGAAGCUGAUGUUGACACUGCGGCUCUGCUUUCUUACACCACAGCAGGGGUUAAAAAUUUGCCUUUUACUAGUACUGGUGGCUCAAGUAACAGUUUGGAUUACUAUACCAGCACUGCCGGAUGGGAUUCACGGGGAUCGCUAGAGAACGGGAGUAAAACCAUUUCAAAUCUCUCUGGGUGGGUUUUAGAUGCAACUCUUGAAAGAUCAAUGCAACCGAAUUACUUGCCAGAUGACAGAGAAUUGAUGGAAAGAUCCAGUUUAGGGGUUUCAGCGGAGCUUAGAGGAAAAGAUGUGGUGGAUUCGACAUGGACUGAUACUCAAUCUUCUAUUAAAUCAGUCGAUUCGAGUGAUUUAAGGAUUUUGGAAGAGGCACCAAAGGACGAUUUGUCUAUCCGUCCAGAUUCAGAAGAUCAGGCUGCAGAGGAUGUGCAGAACAGAGCAAGAAAUGGGAUCAAAGAAUCAGGCUUUUUUCAUUUUGACGCUUAAAUGUGAAGCUGCAUAAGACGAGUGUACACUUCUAAUGUUGAUAUUGAAUUCAUUUUAUAAUUUAUGUGAACAGUGUUUGUAGAUCACAAUUAGAGAACAUUUUAUACAAUUAUUUUCUUUCUGCAAUAAUGUAAUAUUUUUAUUCACUGUAAAAACGUUCUUCUUGCCUUAAAUUUUUUAUUGAAUCAAAGGAACUCUUCUAAUCAUCUCAACUUGAAUCCAGCAUAGGCUCAUUCUCAAAGCAUAUCCCUAUAUACAUUUCUGGUGGUCUCUGUAGCCUGAAGUACGUAUUGCUGCAUUUUGUCUUUAAAACAAAUGCUACGGGGCGAUGCCAUUCCUUUUCACGUUUGAAGCUGACCGAUUACCUGCGUAUUGACAGCUUUUCCACUGUUCUCAGUCUGUCCUGUGGCUCGCAGCAUACGCCGGCGUACUUGAGAUGCAGAGAAUAAUUAAGUAAAUAACAGGGUGAGAAUGUGAUAAAAUCUGAAAAUGUAAAAAUCAGGGGGCUUUUCUUUUUCUGGAUUGCUUUUCAACACAUUGUCAGUUGGGUUAGGCUUGAGUUGGAAAAUCUGAACUUCAGCGGACAUUCACUGGAGGUUGAUAAAUUAGAAGUUUGCUCUUGUUGGGGCGUGAUUAUGGCGUAUCGCUUGUUUUUGGUCUACCUGGCAAAAAUCCUCUUG